CCACCCGUAGACGUAACUCAUCCUCCCGAGUUCUUCCGAGGGCCGCCAUGGCCACCGCAGCGUUUCGAUGGGUGCUUCAUCUCCACAGGGAUGUGCCCAGGGCUGCUCGAUUCUACUCCGAAGGACACGAUUUCAGCAUCAAUGUCUGCACUCCCCGUUGGGCCGAGCUCCAGAAUGGCCCCCUAAAGCUUGCCCUCAUGCAAUCCCCCAGUGAUCUUGCCAUGCAGAAAGGUUACUCUUCUAUGCUAUCCUUCACGGUAGCAGACAUAAACAGCACAGUUACAAAACUAAUCACGUUAGGAGCCGAGUUGGAUGGUCCCAUUAAAUAUGAGAUCCAUGGCAAGGUGGCAGCUUUGCGUUGCCUUGUUGGGCAUAUGUUGGGUCUUCAUGAACCUGCAUGAUGGUUUCAAAAAAUUUUAUUUGCAGACUAAAAUAAGAUUAAAAUCCUGAUAUGGUAUAAAUUUUGAGUUCUCAGCAGCAGUCAGAUUAAUAAUUUUAUUGUGGCUAGCAAGGGCUUCUUCUACUAGAAUACUGGAAGAGCAUAAGAUACAAGUUUUUUCUCUGGGUUGCCUUCAUAUAUGGUGAUUGUUUGUUCAUCCAGAUCAAUCAGUGCUGUGCAAAGAGUAUAUAAUGUUGGACCUGAAAUGGGUAGAAGUAAUCUGAAUCAAGUGGAACAGAGGACACACUUGAAGGAUUAUAUUUGUGGGGAAGACCCCAAAUUGAAUCACCUGUCAUGUAGAUGGGAUAUUUUUUAUCCACACAAUCUCCAAGAAUUGAGAGUACUUUUUCUUUUGAGUCUGCUGAAAGUUGAGCUGCCCUGUUCUGUCUGCUGAUAGAGUUCUCAUCUUGUACCUUCACUUGAAAACAAUGAACUGAAUUUAGAUUAGAGCACUAAUUUUGCAUUGUUCUGUUAAAUUAUGUGAUGCAUAAAUCCAUAAUUUUUCACAGUAUCAUCUAUCUCUGUGUCUGAUCUCCUAGUUUGUGUCUAAAUUCUAUAAUCUAUGGUUCACCUGCUGUACUUCAAGGUGGAGGUACAUGUUUGCAUGGAAGACAGGUGUUCUCCCAACCUCAUGAACCAAACAGCGUUUGCCAGAUGCUGUUUCUACAUUUACAAUUCUGCGGCUUCUGACAUCCACCAAGUUAUAGCUGUGUCCAACAGAAGCAUUGGAUGAGUGAAGUCUCUGCAGUCGGGAACCAUGUCAGCAUUGGUAAGUUAUCAAUGUUAAUCAUCUGUUGAUACCAGAAAGUGUCUUACAUUCAAGGCAUCACCAAGGCCAGUGGCUUCCAGAAGAUCUCGUGAUAUAAAAUUACGUCCGAUACCUCCUGCGAUGAUUUCCUCUCGCGUUGGAGGCACUGAAUUAAGUGUGAAUGCCUGAUAUAGAGGUCCAUGUAACUAGCCAUUUGCUUCAGCAUUUUGCAUGACUUAUGAAAAGCCUUGUGAGUUUAUUACAGUGGACAGAUCUUACCAAGCCACAGCUGUUGAAGCCAAACGCACAGGUUGGAAGCUCGCCAGCAUAAGUGUAAGCAGUGAAUGAUACUCCAUUCGGCAGCAUGGCCCUCACCAAAUAGCUGCAGCCCAUAAAAUUUCAAAGUACUGACUGAGUUUAAUACGACAGAUGACCUUGUUUGCUUAAUAUUGAUCUAUGGAGAAGGUUUGAUGAUUACGUGUGACCGAUUAAAGCUAUGUUUGCAUCUUCGUUGUGUGCGGCAAUGGCCAUGGAGUCAUUUACCACAAGAACAUCUGAACAGUCAUCAUCAGUCACUUCUUCUUGAGUGUCUUCUUUCUUCAGAAUAAAGGGAAGUAUUUCCUUCCUAAAAUUUAGCAAUAUUAUCUGCUCAAAAGCAUUCAGUUAACCAGCUAUAACAUCUUUCUGCUACUACUACUGUUUGGAAAGUUUAGCAGAGGACAAUGAAUAUAAAGCCAUGGUGAAGUAGAAAUAUUACAUGGAUAAUUGGGAUGCCGCUCCCUGCAGCUGUUCCUAACAGUUCAUCCCAGUAUCUUGGAAACAUCUGUCUAUUAGCAGUGCAGAGUGCUUCAAUGAGCAGCUGAGCCUCUGCGGUGCCGG